AUGAGUUUAUAUAUCCUCAUUAAUAAUUUUCUUUUCUUGUUUAUAGGUACAGAAAGACCAAAUGUAUUUAACAUGGUCGAAAUGUCUGCUGAGGACUUCUACAAACAUGUUCUAUGGGCCGGUGGUUUAGCUUAUACGGAACUAACCUUAAAUUCAACAGACGUUAAGGAAUUUUUAAAAAAAGACAACAAGUUUGACUUAGUCAUCAACGAGCAGUUUUUCCAAGAGGCUCUUUACACACUUGCGUAUAAAUAUAAUGCACCUUUAGCAUUGGUUUCAACCUUUGGUAAUUGCAUGAGACAUAACGUUGUAGUACGAAAUCCUUUGCAACUGGCCACGGUAACUUCGGAGUAUUUAGAUGUUAGAGAGCCUUCGAGUUUUUGGGGACGAUUUAGAAACUUAUAUUUUACGGCGUAUGAAUACUUCUGGUGGAAAUUCUGGUACUUGAAGAAACAGGAGGAGCUAGUGAAAAAGUAUUUACCAGAAAUAGCAAACGAUGUACCGAGUUUUUACACAUUGCAGAACAAUGUAUCCUUGUUCAUGAGCAAUAGUCAUUUUAGUUUCGACCCAGCUACCGCUCUGCUACCUAAUAUAGUUGAAAUUGGAGGAGUUCAUUUAUCAAAGAGUAAUGCCAGUUUACCAGCGGAUCUUCAAAAACUCUUAGAUGAUGCAAAAGACGGCGUGAUUUAUAUUAGUUUUGGUUCAAACGUAAAAAGCUCUGAGAUACCAUUAGAAAAGAAGAAAGACUUUAUAAAGGUUUUUAAACGAUUGGAAAAAUACACCAUAUUAUGGAAAUGGGAAGAUGAUCAUUUUGAAGAUAAGCCUCCUAAUUUAGUAACGCGUAAAUGGUUUCCUCAAAAGGAAAUUUUAGUUCAUCCGAACAUUAAACUGUUUAUAUCUCACGGUGGCUUGAUAGGAAUGCAAGAAGCUAUUUUUAACGGUAUACCUCUCGUGGGCGUUCCAGUAUACGCUGAUCAAUAUAACAACUUGCUGAUAGCUGAACAAGCUGGUUUCUGUAAAAUUCUCUCGUAUCAUGAUAUUAAUGAAAAUACUUUAUACAACACUGUAAGUGAAAUUCUUAAUCACAAUUCUUAUAUGGAAAAGGCUAAAGAAGUUUCUCGAAGGUUCAAGGAUAGACCCAUGAGCGCUUUAGAUACAGCAAUGUUUUGGAUAGAAUAUGUAAUAAGAAAUAAAGGUGCAGAAUAUAUGAAGAAUCCUGCAAGAAAUAUGAACUGGUUUGCAUCGAAUAUGAUAGAUGUUUAUGCUACAAUAUUAUUGGCUUCAAUUAUAGUGAUAGUUGCUCUAGUUAAAAUUAUAAAGUCACUCUUAAGUUUUUUAUCUCUUAACAAAAUUAAAAUAAAUACGAAGAAAAAGAUUGCAUAAUGUUUAUACGUAUUAAUUAAAUAAGUACAUGUAUUUUAUAAGUGUUAUAUUUGUUUCAUAACAAGUGUUUAAUUUAUUAUAUUUUAUCUCAUUAUCAUAUCUCUUUUACUCGUAAUGUGUAGACAAUUGCUAAAUCCUUUUAAUUCAUAUGUGAAUAAACGAAGCGAUGACACUUAGCGACUCAUGAAACGUCCGCAUAUAAUUAGACAAAUAUUUGCUUCAAGCAUUGCUGUUGGAACAGUCAGACGUCUAUUAUACGAAGAUUCUCAACUGUAAGUCAACGUAUGCAUCCCAAAUGUCGAGCCAGCUUAAAUUUUGAGCAAACUAAAAGCUAAUAUUUGUUACACUUACAUAUAUCUUCGUUUGUUUUAUUAAAUUUUUAUAUUAGGUACUUACUAUUUAUAUUUAAAAAUUUAGAAAUCGCUAAUUUGUUGCGUAACUACCUAUAUAAUAGGUGUUUGAUUAUUUAUACGAAGAAUAUUUCGAGAAUUACAAUUAAAAUUAACUAGAUGAUUGUGGUUUCACCCGCUUUGGUACAUAUGUCUCCGCGUCGAUGAUUAUUGUUACUGCUUCCUCCAAUUUUAAACUUAUAGUUAUAACAUAAAAUAGUUAUUUGAAAAAGUCUUGACAAUUUUUUUUACAUACCAAUUAUUUAACUAUUUCAGAAGAGAUUUUUGUAGAUAUAGACUUACUGUACACAAUGUUUACAUUUAGCACCUAAUGUUACAAAUGAGGAAUGUUAUGGUCUUCGAACAUUUUCAUACACAUGAAAUAAUAUGCAUUUA